UACAUUGCUCAGCAAGUCCUCAGGCGAAAGGGGAUAUUUGUGAGGCAGCGCCGGCCGUUGAGCUCCGACAGACCCGCUGGCGUGGAGCUCGCGCCUGCUGAUGCUCAGGGCAAGGCGGACUCCAGCCGUUUCCGAGCCACCCACCUCUUGCGGCGGCUUCAUGGGGCCGCAGGAGCCGGCGCAGAGCGGUGCCGCCGCCGUGUCCCCGGCAGCGCUGGAGAAGCUGAAGCAGCGGGCGGCUGAGUGCAUCGAGCUGAGCGCCGAGCGGCUGAGCGCCCUGAGCCGGGAGAUCUGGAGCCGCCCCGAGCUGGCCUACGAAGAGCACCAGGCGCACGGCGCCAUGACCCGCUUCUUCUCGUGCGCCGAGCUGCCGGGGGCCGCCUGGGCCGUGCAGCCGCACUACAAGCUGGACACGGCUUUCCGGGCCGAGUGGGGCCCCGCCGCCCCGGCCUCGCGGCCGCUGCACUUGGGUUUCCUGUGCGAGUACGAUGCGCUGCCCGGGAUCGGACACGCCUGCGGCCAUAACCUCAUCGCCGAGGUGGGGGCGGCCGCGGCCCUGGGCGUGAAGGGCGCCCUGGAGAGUCUGCCCCAGCCGCUCCCCGCCGCGGUGAAGAUCACUGUGCUGGGAACUCCUGCAGAAGAAGGUGGAGGUGGCAAAAUAGAUCUCAUAGCAGCUGGUGCUUUUGAUGAUCUGGAUGUUGUUUUUAUGGCCCAUCCAGCACAAAGUGAUGUCGCUUAUUUACCUGAUGUGGCUGAGCAUGAUGUGACUGUGAAAUACUAUGGAAAAGCUUCUCAUGCUGCUGCUUAUCCUUGGGAAGGAGUAAAUGCAUUAGACGCUGCUGUUCUUGCAUACAACAAUAUAUCAGUUUUAAGACAGCAAAUGAAACCAACCUGGAGAGUUCAUGGUAUAAUAAAAAAUGGUGGCGUGAAACCUAAUAUCAUCCCUUCUUACACUGAGCUAGAGUUUUACUUGCGUGCCCCUUCACUGAAGGACCUCACCAUUCUGACAAAGAAAGCUGAAAAUUCCUUCAAAGCUGCAGCUGUGGCCACAGAAUGCAAAGUGGAAAUCAAAGGUGGAAGGCAUGAUUACUACAAUGUGCUUCAGAACAAGAGUCUGCAGAAAACUUACAUGGAGAAUGGAAAAGAGCUUGGAAUGGAAUUCCUUGCAGAUGAGUCUUUUUUGAAUGGUCCAUCAGGUUCCACUGACUUUGGGAAUGUUACAUAUGUGAUUCCUGGGAUUCAUCCCUAUUUUUACAUUGGCUCAGAUGCAUUGAACCAUACUGAGCCAUACACUGCAGCUUCAGGGUCUCAAGAAGCACAGUUCUACGCUCUACGUGCAGCAAAAGCUUUGGCAAUGACUGCACUAGAUGUUAUCUUCAAGCCAGAUCUGUUGGAAAAAGUCAGAGAAGACUUCAGACAAACGACUCUAAAAGAGAAAGGCCACUUAAAUGUAACGGAACAAGGCAAAGAAUCUGGCCCAGCGGCAGCAUGUGCAACACGUUAAACAAAACUAAAACCUAAAUACUUCCAUGUUAACGGAAUAAAUGUUCUACUUGAAUUCCAAAGGAGGCAGGACAGAUUUCUUAGCUGGAGGAAGGUUGACUUUUUUUUUUUUUUUUAAGGGAUGUAGGGAAACCAAAUGGUCUCAUUACUUUCAAAAAAAAUUUCCUCUUAAAAAUAACCAUGUAGUUGUAAUUUUGCAUGCUAUAAAAUGAUACACGCUUUUUGAAUCUAUUUGGAUGGUUGAUCCACAAUGACAGACAAUUGGUUGAAUGCUUUUUGCACAGUACUUCAGUCUACAGCUACAACAUCCACAUUUCAGGUUAAGAUGGCAGAACCACAUAGAAAAGCUCACCUAUUAAAAAUACCCUAAAUACAUUGACCUGUCAUGGUAAACCUUUUGUGGGGAAGGACUGGAGGAACCAUGUGUUGAAAUCUGUACAAGAUGUAUAACAACCCCAUCCCCUAGCUAAAGUACAAACUUUCAGGGGAAAGUAACAUACCAGAGAGGGUAAAUCUGUACACUUGAGCCAAAAUAGGGUGCCUAAAAUAAAAUUCUAUGUAGGUGCCUAAAUUGGUAGCCUUAUUUUUCAGUGGUGCUGAACUCCUAGCAUCUCCCACGGAACUUAAUUGGAACGGAAUGCUUCCAAAAAUCAGGGCUUGCUCAUAGGAGUUCAACGUAGGUCUUGUCUGCAGGAGAAAGCUGCACCUGUUUAAAGGUGUCAAUCUUUUUUUUAAAAGCCAAUUCAGUUAAACUAGUACAAAAGGCUUCAUAGACACUCCUUAUAUUUUGGUUUAACUUAAGUUUAAUAAUCUGUUUAAGCUAAACCAAAAUAAGUGUCCACACAAAAUUUUGCUUAAGUUGGUUUAAAAACAGCUUAAAUUAAAACCAGUGCAAUUUUCUUAAACCCAGCAUCAAAUCUAUUUUUUAAAAUUAUUUUAUUUAUUUUAAUUCUUAGCCCUGGUGCUUUGUCAUACAGAAAUAGUCUCCCCAGCUCUCAUUCCUGUCAAUUUCCAAAUCAUGUGUUGUUGAAAGACUAGGAUUCAACACUAACAUAACCAAGCAAAGAGAACAGCUGCGCAAAAUGGAAUGUACACCUCUACCUCGAUAUAACGUGACCCAAUAUAACACGAAUUCAGUUAGAAUGCGAUAAAGCAGUGCUCCGGGGGGGAUGGGGGAGAGAGAGCUGCGCACUCCGGUGGAUCAAAGCAAGUUUGAUAUAACGCAGUUUCACCUAUAACGCGGUAAGAUUUUUUUUUUUGACUCCCAAGGACAGCGUUGUAUCGAGGUAGAGGUGUAAUUUGGUAUUCUUUCAGAUACAUGUCUGACUUAGAGAUUUUUUUUUCCUAAUGUUGAUGGACAAUGGAGUAAAUUAUAUACACCUACUCUUAUAUUUCCCCAUGUAAUUAGUUUCUGUGGUAAAUCCUAGAACAGUGUUUGUCUGUUCAGGACUUUCUGGAAAACAUACAAAGUUAAAUCACAGAACUUUUGUAUUCAAAAUGCUGCAUGUAAUACCAACUGGAAGCUAAGUCCCAUACAAUUGUAUAGCAAAUGAACAUUUUCAUAAUCAUCUUGUUUAAAAGUUACUUAGAUAAUAAAUCUACCAUUUUUUUCUUCCUAGAGAAACUUCAAUACCUCUGCUGAUGUUACACCAGGGAUCGGCAACCUUUGGCACGUGGCCCCCCAGGGUAAACACCCUGGCGGGCCGGUUUGUUUACCUGCUGCGUCCACAGGUUCGGCUGAUCACAGCUCCCACUGGCCGCAGUUCGCCGCUCCAGGCCAAUAGGGGCUGUGGGAAGCGGCAUGGGCCGAGGGAUGUGCCUGCCAGGGGGCUUACCCUGGCGGGCUGCGUGCCAAAGGUUGCUGAUCCCUGUGUUCCAUUCUCUAGUUUAGAGCACAUACAUUCUUUUCCCUUUGAUCUUCGAGAAAUUACAUGUUAGGCUACACUAUAAAAUAGUGGGGCCCUGGAUUUCUUCAGACCUUUUAAAAAAAAUAUUGUAGUAUCUCAGUAUUUAUCCAAACACUUCAGUCACUGUCAUCAAUAGUCCAUCGAUCCUUUUAGCUAACAGUAUUUGUCCUUGGAUUAAUAGGAGACCGAGUCUUCAUUUUAUAGCCAAUUAAGAUCUUGCCUGUAUCCAAAGUUUUACAGGUUUUGGAUCAGCAGGUAAAAAUAUUGGUUUCCCUGAAGUUCUUCAAGAAUCCAUAAGCCCCACUGUGUCAGAUAAGGAUGUACAAACCCUCAUCUCACAGCAUUCCCCUUGUCCUGACUGAGAGAAUCCCAACCCAAACCAGCUAAAAGCUAAACAUAAACGUCUAUAUUGGCUGUACCCUUUAGAGAUGACAAUGCUGCUCUUCCACUUGGUCCAUUUAAAAUGCACCCUGCUGGGACCAUAGGUUGUUCUAACUGGAGGUUUCCUUAAUGGAUAAAACUGAAACCACUCUCCUGUUCCAAAAUUGUUUAAAGUAUUUGGGAAGGCAUCCCUGAGAGCAGAUUUAUCUUGUGGUCUUGUGCUGAUCAAGUGGAAAGGCCAAAGGUUCAAGGGGCAAAAUAUUAUAAAUCUAGGACUUCAUUGAACCUUUGGCCUUUCCAGUUGAUCAGCACAGGACCAAAGGAAAAAUCUUCAUGCUUGAUUGGCCUUCAUGGGUUGUUUUGUUUUUUUUGGUUGGUAUCUCCUUUAGAAAUAGUUGUAAGUCCUCAGUGAGGUAUGAGAGAGAGAGAGAGUGGGUGGAGGUAAUAUCUUUUAUUCGACCAACUUUUGUUGGUGAGAGAGACAAGCUUUUGAGCUUACACAGAGCUCUUCUUCAGGUCUGGGAUUGCUUUUGGUAUGCUCGAAAGCUUGUCUCUCUCACCAAUAGAAGUUGGUACAGUAAAAGAUAUUACCUCACCGACUUUGUCUCUCUAAGAUCCUGGACCAACACAGCUACAACAACACUGCAUACAACAAUUGUGAGGUAUAGGUAAUUCAUAUUUCUGCUGCCCUAUCUUGUAGAUGAGUAGGGGACCUUUUGUUUCAAGUGUCUGACACAUUUCACUAACAUUGGAUUCAAAACACCUACAUUAAACAGUUUAAGAGUUGCAAAGACAGAGUGUUUGUUUCUCCCCUCCACUCUCUACCAACUGAAGCACAGAAUUAAACUUCUAGUUCUUACAGGGAUUUAUCUGUUCUACCUUCUCUACAGUGGGUUGGGUUCAAACAAGUGCUGGUACCCUUUGCAGUUUUAAGCCUUUUUGCAGAGCUGUCAACUCUACUUGAACCUGUAACUUGACCUCAUUUUUCUAAUUUAGUGUGAUGUGUCAGGAACUAGUUUUCUUUCAGCAUUUAGUUCACACAGAUUAUGAUGUUCAUUUCCUACUUGUGUGCAUCCUAUUUUCUGCAGCAAUAAUAAACCACUUUUGAAA